AUGUCGGCAACAGGUAGGAGAGCCGGUAGCUCGGGUUCCUCCAACACCAGCACCGUGGAGAUUGUGCUGCUUCCUGGCCUCAAGAACUGCCUGCUCAAUCUGCCCGCUUCUCUCGUCGCUCUACUAUUGAACUCCAACACCAUUGCCCAGAAUGUCGUCGUCGAGCUCCAAUACCGCCAACCGGCACCCGCUGCUCAGGAUGGAAGAAGUAAGACGGCAUCAACCACCCAGUCGGUGUACUUGGGAUGGACGGGCAUGCAAUCCCAGACGAAGCAAUCUCCGCUGGUGGGACGGGAUGGCAUUCGUGGGAGCAAUUCAAGUGGAGGGGGGAGAGCGGAUCAGGAAGUUGCCACAGUGGAAUUGGAUGCAACAUUGGCCCGAAGAUUGGGUCUGAGCGAGGGCAUGAAGGCCAGCGUAGCACUGCAUGUCGAUCCGCCUCAAGCACACACGGUCAAUAUCGAACCACUGACGGCAACGGAUUGGGAGAUCAUUGAACUCCACUCCUCAUUCCUGGAAAUGAACUUUCUCYCCCAAGUCCGCGCUCUGCCCAAUCCUGCAGCUGGCAACUCCCAUCCUCUCACGCUCCAUCUCACGCCGACCUCGACAGCCAACAUCACCGUCACCUCGCUCACACCUGCCCCCGCCAAUACACAGCCGUUCGUCAAAAUCUCACCAGAUGCAGAGGUCAUCGUUGCUCCCAAAACACGACAAUCCGCCCGCCCCAGCAGCUCUCGAGACAGCCGCAGUGUUGCUAGUACAGGCCGAAGGAGUGCAGGUGGGAGGAGCACGACAAGUGCAGCACGACAUCGGAGUGCACAUGAUAGUGAGAAAGCCCGGCCACCGCUGUUCCUGCGCGGUGUGACCCGAGCUCUACAAAAUGAAUGGUUCGAGGAUAGUGGGGAAGACAUGAAGGAUGAUGGCCUCCGGAUCUGGCUGGACAGGGAGCACCUUCUGUCCAAAACUCUCCGAGGCGUCACUUGGGUGGUGGUCACGAUCGUCAGACCGGCUGGGCUGCAGGAGCCCGUUGAUCCACAAAGUCAACCAGCGCCAGAUCAGCAACCUGCGACAAAAGUGGUGGCGAAGCUGUGUGCGUGGGAAGAAGCGCCAGACAGCCGUCAUGCUGCCCUUUCAUCCCUUCUCUGCGCUACACUUGGAGCAGAGAAUAUGGUCGGAGGAAUCGUGAGGGUCGAUCCUGCUCCAGCACCUCUCCCACGGACAGCUUCAGCAUUGAAAGAGCCUUCUCAACAGGCCAGCAAAGACGCCAUUGUGAAACGAUUGCGUGUCACUCCCUUUGCUCCCACUCAAGCGGAGAAGAAAGCGACCGGCCUAAAGUUUGGCGGUGCUACCAAGUCAGAGGGUGGAGAGGGUCUGGCCGUUAUCAAAGCUAUAUCUCGGAAUGGUGUCUUGGAAGGUCCUUUGACCGACGGCAUGUUCCUCCCGCCACGAGAGGGGUGGUCCGGUGGUAUACUUGACUUUGACCCUACACCUCCUGGAGAUGCGACCAAAGCGAGGACCAAUUGGCUACUUGGAGGUGAGAGGAAGCUGGACAUUACGCUACAACCGGAAACGGUGCGACAAAAGGUGCCUCAAUGGCCACCUGGAGAGGCCUUGGCUGAUGAAACCCCCGACCUGGUUGGGAUUGAUGCAUUGAUUGAGCAGACUCGAAAGAGUCUACUGCACCACUCCUCUGUUCUCCUCACAGGUGGUCUGGGGUCCGGGAAGUCCUCGGUAGCCCAUCUGCUUGCCCACCAACUUCGGAAUGAAUUCUUGUUCAAUGUCAUCUACUUCCCCUGCCGCACGCUUGUCACAGACGAAACAAGAAUCAAAACAAUCAAGGACACGCUUCACCGCGUCUUUGCUUCUGCAGCGUGGGCAGCACGUCUCGGCGGCCGUUCACUUGUCAUUCUGGACGAUCUGGACAAACUAUGCCCUGUUGAGACCGAGCUGCAAGUUGAUGCGAAUGGCAGAAGCAGGCAAGUUAGCGAGCUACUCUGCACAACAGUCCGUGAAUGGUGCACACGCGAUACAAACGUAGUGAUGCUUGCCACGACACAAUCCAAAGAGGCUGUUAACAACAUUGUCAUCGGUGGUCAUGUUGUGCGAGACAUUGUAGCGCUCAAAGCACCAACCAAAGACGGGCGACGUCGUGUACUGGAGCAACUGAUUAAGCAAGCCAACAAGUCAAAUUCCAGCGAGGAUACCGCACUCCACAACGGAAGUACCGCAAAUGCAUGGAUGGAAGGUUCCGAGGGGGAAGCGAGCAGACCAAGCUCUGCAAAGGCCCCUGAAUCUACGACUUUUGAGUCUGAUCUCGACCUCCUCGAGAUCGCCGGCCAGACCGAUGGGUACAUGCCUGGUGAUCUGGCACUUCUCGUGUCUCGUGCAAGAAGUGAGGCUCUUAUACGCGCAGUCUCCGCUGAUUCCUUCUCGGAUGAAGUAAUCCUCACUGCGGACGACUUCGCCGCUGCAUCAAAAGACUUCACACCGGCAUCUCUUCGUGGCGUUACAUUGCACUCCAGCACCACUACAUUUGCAAACAUUGGUGGCUUGACAGAAACAAGACAGACGCUGUUGGAGACGCUGCAAUACCCAACAACGUAUGCUCCUCUAUUCGCCAAGUGUCCUCUCCGCCUUCGCUCCGGUCUUCUUCUGUAUGGAUACCCUGGAUGCGGCAAGACGCUCCUMGCAUCCGCUGUUGCUGGCGAGUGUGGACUCAACUUCAUCUCUGUCAAAGGUCCUGAAAUCCUCAACAAAUACAUCGGUGCCAGUGAGAAGAGCGUACGAGACUUGUUCGAAAGGGCYGAAGCUGCCAAACCUUGCGUGUUGUUCUUCGACGAAUUUGACUCCAUUGCGCCCAAGCGAGGUCAUGACAGCACUGGCGUGACAGAUCGCGUGGUCAACAUGUUGCUUACCAUGAUGGAUGGUGCAGAGGGUCUCAGUGGUGUAUACGUACUUGCCGCGACAUCUCGACCCGAUUUGAUUGAUCCCGCUCUACUCCGUCCCGGUCGAUUGGACAAGAGUCUCAUCUGUGAUAUGCCACAUGAAGAUGACAGACUGGACAUCCUCCGAGCUGUCAGCAGCCAGCUGAAGCUCGACUCCACCAUCUUAAAUGACGAAGAGGGCGGGCAAGGGUUGAGAGAAGUCGCUCGUCGAACAGAUGGCUAUUCUGGUGCAGAUUUGCAGGCUGUCAUGUACAACGCUCAUCUCGAUGCAAUUCAUGAUGUGCUUGGGAAUGUGAAUGAUCAAGAUUUUGGCAAGAAGAAGGAUGACGGCCGCAAGGGGAGCGCGAAUUCAUCACGCCAUCAAGACUUUACGUACUUCCGAGCGGGAGACCAGGAUACGAGCGUCGGUCCUCCUGCACCUCAMGCUGCUGCCGCCCUGGUCGCCGAGCGUGCCCAAAUUGCAGCCAAACUAGCAGCGCUACAGCUCUCUCGGAGGAAAGCCAAGGCAGAGCGGGAAAAGGAGAGAAAUGGAGAGCGACUCGCCUCUUCUGCAGGCCACCCCUCGUAUUCCCGCUCACAUUUAAAUGGUGACGGUGGCGAGAAAGCAAGCAAACCUGAAGAUAGUGGCCAUGCGGAGCCUGUGAUAUCCUGGCGGCAUCUUGUCAAAUCCAUGUCUUCGACCCGGGCAUCCAUCUCCGCGCAAGAAAGGAGGAGACUGCAGAGAAUCUACAAGGAGUUUGUUGUUGGUCGUAAUGGAGAUAUGCAGGAUGGACAAGGUGGGACCGAAAUUGGUGGACGUACGAGCUUGAUGUGA